AUGUCAAAUUCCAAUGAUAGUGAUGUGAUAUAUAAAGAACGAUUAUCAACUCGUUUAUUUAUUGCUUUAUUAUUUAUACUUAUGAUUUGUAUAAUUAUCUAUUCUUCGCUUUUAUUACAUACAAUCAAUAUGACGGUAACUUGNACGGUUCAUAAUCCUUCUAUGGAGAAAUUUAAAGAUAUUUAUGAUAAAUAUUCUAAUACUUUAACAUGUCCUUGUUCUCAUACCAGUCUACAAUAUAGUGAAUUUGCUAAUUUUCAAGUUACCGUUCAUGAAACUUGCAAUAGUGUAUUUAUUUCACAACAAUGGAUUAAUGAAAUUUAUAAUGCUAAUGUUUCAUUUAUUCCACCAAAUGAUGUUCGAACUAUAUUGAGUAGUUUUUGGCAAUUAGUUCGUUCAUUUUGUGAUAUAAUAAAUGUUUCUCUUGACGAUGUAUUCAGUGAAUUUGGUUCAAAUAAAUUAUUGAGUCUUUCUGCACAAUCUCAACAACUAUUAGAAACAAAAGUCAAAGCAACUCUAGAUUUCGUAAUUAAUUCAGCAAAAAUAAAUCUUAAAAAGAAUCUAGCUAUUGCACGCGAAACAAUUUUGAUUAAUGAACCAAUAUCAAACUUAGCUACUAAUUACUUCAUGUAUAUAAGUAGUGUAACGCCAUAUGGGGCUUGGCCAAUCAAUAUUGAUAUAAAUGCAACAUCCUUCCCAGAUGGCUGUUCUUGCGAGAAUCUUAAUGGAUGUCUACGUUCGGCUGUUAUUUUUGAAUCUGAUCAAAGAUCCAACUUCGCAAAUGUAUCAGGCAUUAUGUUCGAUUGUUUACCAUUAGAUGCUGCACUUGCUUCAUCAUUUGAAUGUUUCUAUGAUUUUUGGUGUUUAUCAUUAAUUAGGAAUGUGUCAAAAACUAAUAUGAGACCAGAGCCACUUCAUAUUCAAAGUCGUUUUGAAUAUAACACUACUUUAAAGAAACUUUUAAAUGAACUUAUGAUCGAACAAACGACAAUGACAAUUCGAUAA